UCCCGGCGGGGAGAGGCCAGGUGCGCAGGGCUGCUGGGCCGGCGGGGGCGGUGCGUGGGGAGCUCGGCCGGCGCUGCCGCCAUGGAACACAUCCGGAUGCCCAAGGUGGAAAAUGUUAGGUUACUUGAUCGUUUAUCUUCAAGAAGAGCUGUGGUGGGAACCUUGUAUUUAACAGCUACCCAUGUCAUAUUUGUGGAGAAUGGUUCUGAAACCCGCAAAGAAACCUGGGUUCUCCACAGCCAAAUUUCCUCUAUUGAGAAGCAAGCCACCACUGCCACUGGUUGCCCCUUGCUGAUCCGCUGCAAGAACUUCCAGGUGAUCCAUCUGGUGAUCCCUCAGGAGCGAGACUGCCAUGACGUUUACAUAUCCCUGAUACGGCUGGCUCGGCCAGUGAAAUAUGAAGAGCUGUAUUGCUUCUCCUUCAAUCCAAAAUUAGAUAAAGAAGAACGAGAGCAAGGGUGGAAGCUUGUGGACCUCAAUGAAGAAUAUAAUCGGAUGGGUGUUCCAAACAGCUACUGGCAGAUUAGUGAUGUAAACAGAGACUAUGGAGUCUGUGACUCCUAUCCUACAGAAGUCUACGUACCAAAGUCUGCAACUGCACACAUCAUAGUGGGGAGUUCUAAAUUUCGCAGCCGAAGGCGUUUCCCAGCUCUUUCCUACUACUGCAAGGGUAACAAUGCCUCCAUAUGCAGAAGCAGCCAGCCUUUAUCUGGCUUUAGUGCUCGAUGCCUUGAGGAUGAGCAGAUGCUCCAGGCCAUCAGGAAAGCCAAUCCAGGCAGUGAUUUCAUAUAUGUUGUCGACACUCGGCCCAAACUCAAUGCAAUGGCGAACAGAGCAGCAGGGAAGGGAUAUGAAAAUGAAGACAACUACUCCAACAUCAAGUUUCAAUUCAUAGGCAUUGAGAACAUCCAUGUUAUGAGAAAUAGUCUGCAGAAGAUGCUUGAAGUUUGUGAGCUGAAAUCACCUUCAAUGAGUGACUUUCUGUGGGGCCUAGAAAAUUCUGGCUGGCUGAAGCACAUCAAAGCCAUUAUGGACGCUGGCAUUUUUAUUGCAAAGGUGUUAAUUGAAAAAGACUGGAUUUCCUUUGGCCACAAAUUUAACCACAGGUAUGGCAAUUUAGAUGGAGAUCCAAAGGAGAUAUCACCUGUUAUUGACCAGUUCAUCGAAUGUGUUUGGCAGCUUAUGGAACAGUUUCCUUGUGCCUUUGAAUUCAAUGAAAGAUUCCUCAUCCACAUACAGCAUCACAUCUAUUCUUGCCAGUUUGGGAAUUUCCUGUGUAACAGCCAGAAGGAGAGAAGAGAGCUGAAAAUCAAAGAACGAACCUAUUCAUUGUGGGCCCACUUGUGGAAAAAUCGUGCUGAUUACCUGAAUCCUUUAUACAGGUCAGACCACAGCCAAACCCAAGGGACCCUGCACCCACAGAUAGCUCCAUGCAACUUCUUGUACAAGUUCUGGAGUGGCAUGUACAACCGCUUUGAGAAGGGGCUGCAUCCUCGACAGUCAGUUACUGAUUAUCUGAUGGCAGUGAAGGAAGAAACUCAGCAGCUGGAAGAAGAGCUGGAAGUCUUGCAAGAGAGAUUGGCAAAUCUUCAGAAAUCACAAUCAGGUAAUAAUAAAGUCAAGAGUAAGCAACAAGACCGAAGCAAACAGUUUGGACUGUAUACCUCCAACAACAGCUUAGCUAACACUCCCCAGGAGUAUAGCAGUGAUCUGAAAUCAUUCCCAUCCCGGAGCCCUUCUCAAGGGGACGAAGAUUCAGCCCUGAUAUUGACACAGGACAACCUGAAAAGCUCUGAUCCUGACCUCUCAGCCAACAGUGACCAGGAGUCUGGUGUAGAGGACUUAAGCUGUAGGUCCCCAAGUGGGGGUGGCUGCUUGCCUAGUGAAGACAGUGGCAAGGACUCUGACGAAGCUGUAUUUCUGGCAGGCUGAAAUACCUGCACGGCAGCAAGGAUCCAGAUGAUGUAAAGUCUUACACAGUCUGGAAUGACAUCUUUUCAUCAGAUGAAGAACAGAAGUGGUCUAUGGCCUAAAGAAAUAAUCCAAAGAAGGGAAGUGUGCAAUUGUGUAAGUUAAGAUCCAAGCAGAACAAGUUAUUACUAAUUUUAAGACAUUACACUAAAGAAAAGUAGUAUCUACUGUUAUAUUUCAUUAAGCCAAUAUGGUGGUUGUUUUAUCAACGCUGUACAUAAUUAUUCCUUACUUUGUACAUUUCCACAGUUAUUUAUUGGACAGGAUAAUAGUUCUUUUCCUAAGAUGUGAAAUUCCAAAGUACUCUCUUACUCAAGGCUGAAGAUGCAUUGCUGUUAGCCUCACUUGUGAAGCAGUCAAAACUUAUUUUUGUAGAGCUCAUUUGCCUUCAGACAUAUCAAUGUACUUUCUUUGCUUUUUUCUUCACAAGAGGUUAGAACAAUUAUUUUGCAUAUUCUCUUACUAAUAUCCUUUACCGUAAAGUAAAACUAACAAAUGGACACCCUGGCUCAGGGGACAAGAAUUUUUUUGAUCCUGAAGAAAAAAAGCAUUCAUUAAUAAGCAGUUGCUGCUGCUGCAUCUGAAUGCAUCCAAUUUGUAUUCAAUUCUCAACCAGUGUUGAAAGUUCAGUAGAUUCUGUGACCAAAACUUCAAGGAAUGUACAACGCUCGCACAGCCUUUGUGCUAAAACCCCCCUUUGUAAGAAAAGGUACACUAGGCAGUUUGCUCUUGCCUCUUUAUGUUUUGUUAUCAAUUGUUUAUAACUUACCCUUGUUCCAAAGCAUCUACAGAAGAUACAAAGGUAAAAUGCUAAAGGUGAUAAAAUCCUUGAUUCUUCAGCCUAUUUUCCUACUAGAAAAUGUUUUAUUUGAGUGAGAGUGAGCUACAUACACAGUAGACAGAAUAGGGAAUAUUGAAUCCCUUACAGAAAUCACUUAUGAAAACAUCACUCUGAAUUAGUAAGUAAAUGAAAGCUAUGCCCAUAAAGGAACUGUUAUAGAGAAUAUUUCUUCCAAAUUUUGUUAUUCAAAAUAAAUUAACCAUAACCAACUGGUGUUUUUUAUUCUCACACAAAAUCUCCCCGUUAGUAUUUGCCACUUGAACAGAGCAUGACAAUACUAAUUUAAGAAAAAGACUAAUUCACUAUUCAUCAGAAAGUUUAAUCUCAUUUAAGAAUUCAGAUAUUUUUAAGAAGAGGAGUAAUAGUUUUCAUAAUCAACAUUUCAGAAGUAAACAACUGAAAAAUGUUUAAAAUUUGAAAGGUGUUGAAACUCACUAAAAACGUGGCCAGCCAUAUUAGGGUGCAACACUUUUCAAGUUUCGUUUUUGGUUUUUUUUAAAAUUUUAUUUAAAGCCAGCAGUUAAAAAUAUAAUUCAUAUGGCUGAUUUUACAUGUUUGAAGACACUGCAGGAUUGAACUCUAUUAGAGCAAAGUGGUAGUAAUGUAAGUUCACUUAGAUUGCAUUUCACACUACUUCUUCAAGUACAGACCUACAGAAAGAACUGUAUUAUAUAAAUAUACCUCAAUUUAGAAUCAUUAGAUUUUAUUAUUCAGUCUGCUUCUCUGGAAUGGCUUUUCAUUCUGUUCUGUGAACAUGUUAUUAAAGUGAAUAGGUAAACUUCAGUAUUAUUACUAUCUUCUGAAAGGAGCUGCUGUCUUUGAACAAAUAAUUCUUAACAGCAAGGUUUAUCUUAAUGUUAUAUUGGAAAGGCCAGAUCCUCAAUUUGAUAAAUCACUAUAGCUUAAUUCAAAUAAAAAUAACAAUAAAUUAUAUUCUGUUGAGAAUCUAGCCUUCUGGUUUUUAAUCUUUAUGAAUUUUUAACAAAUUAAAGCCCUGAUUUUAACUGAACUUUUAAGUGUUUUGUAUUUUGAACAUAGCCUGUAAACUUUAUGGCAUUAAAGGAAACUUUGAAUGGGUUUUCUCAAACUAAAGAAACAUGCUGCAAAGUCAGCAAUGAAAACAAAACACACAAAUAUUCUACCAAAAAAACAGUCUGAAAAUGGGCAAUGUUAUUGUACAUAUUUAAAAUGUAAAAUUGUAUAUGAUGACAUUGUGUUCAACUAGACAUGUAUAGAAAUAAAUGCAAAAGAGCAAGAUAUGCAAAUUCAAAGCACUAUCUUUUUGUUGCUUAUGCAACUCCUUGUAACUAGCUUUACAACUAAAAUAUUAACAUACUAACAUUUUCUUUAUUAAGCCUUCACUUAGCAGCCCUCUGUGAUGUGUCUUUUAUUCCUUGGAGUUUUGCAUUAACUAUUACUGAUUACAUUGUACUGUAUGUAUUUGUGGCAUUAUCAGGCUAAUGAGAAACACCUUCAAAUAAACUCUUGGGUGUUAAGAAAUGUUAUUUCACACCAGAGAAUGAAACAAAGGAUUGCUUUCCUGAUUUUUGUACUAGAGUUCUUCAUUUACUCAAGAGUCACUUUGUCACUGAGAUAAGGGAUUCUUGAAUCUCCCCUACUCUGAUAUUUGAAUCCAGUAGCUGGAGUUGUAGAGGAAUCUACAACUGAUAACUAAAAAAAUGGAGACUGUCAUGAAUUGUGUUAAUUAUAUGGAAGUAUUGUUCUUUUAAGACAGAGGCAAGCCAGGGCACGGGUUCACAGCAUGAAAGAUAUUUAAUGACACAAAACUGCAGCAACAAAAUGGGGUAGCCUUUGCAAUGAAGGUAAGAAUUCCAUCACUGUUGACCAGCUAACUUAAUGCUUUAAUGUGGACACUGCCCUGAACUGCAUACAAGAGCUCUCAGGUAGAUAAUAAACAUAGUCAAGGCCAGGGU